AUGUCUGGAGAUGGCGGGCAAAUCCUUGCAUGGGGUGUGACGAAAGGCAACUGCCGCUUGCGCUUGCCGUCACACGGAAGUGGAACAGUGGUAGGUGAAAUACACUCGUCGUUUCUCGUACAUCAGAAGAAUAUUGCAAAUUCUGUGACUUCUGAAGAGUUUGCUGACCAUGACAACAUUGGAUAUCGAGUGAUAAGGCCCACAAGCACAGUUCGAGGUUUCCGGAAUUUUCCCUUGGUACCAUCACAUGCCAAAGAAAUAGAGAAAAAUAUGACUGGACAACAGUGUACUUUGUCGCGCGGAAAUUGUGUGGAAGAUGUGGACAAAAUGACGAAUCGAAAGGUGACGCUGCUACGCCUGUGACCGCCGCCGGAUAGCAUGCGCUGUGCGCCCAGGACGCCGCCGCGACCACGCUCCACCCGGCCGCCCAGCUAGCACCCGAGACUCGAGCUCCA